AUGAGCAGUCGACGGGUUCGAGGAAAAAAAACAAGGUCUGCAAGUGUUGCUAUUAGUGAACAAAAUCAAAUCCCGAAAAUUCAACAACAAAAGAAAGUUGAGGAACGUUCAAUAAUGUGGGAUAAAAUAUUACCUAAACCCGUUGGAGAUGGUCGUAUAAAAGAUAGUGUACCAAUUCCAGAAACAAGAUUGUUACCAGAAAACUUUUUAUAUGCAGAUGAAAAAAAACCUAAUUUAUCAUUAUUAAGAAAUCAUUUAAGUAGAGAAGGUAUACUUCAUCCUGAUUGUGCCAAACGAAUUAUCAUAGAAGCAACAAAGAUUUUAAAACAAGAACCUAAUAUGAUUGAAGGACAAGCUCCAGUAAUUAUUGUAGGAGAUCUUCAUGGACAAUUUUAUGAUAUGUUAACAAUAUUUGAUGUAAGACCACCAGAGAAUGAAGAAAACACAUUUAUAUUUUUAGGUGAUUAUGUUGAUAGAGGAAAUUUUUCAACAGAAAUUUUAUUAUAUCUUUGUGCAUGUAAAAUUAAUUAUCCUCAUAGAUUUUUCCUUUUAAGAGGUAAUCAUGAAAGUAGAGUUAUGUCUGAAAAUAUGACAUUUGCUGCAGAGUUUACUAAAAAAUAUCAAUCAAAUGAAUUAUUAGAAUUAGUUUAUACUCUUUUUGAUUCAUUUCCUAUUGCUGUUCGAGUAGGAACAAAAGAGUUAGGAGAUUUCUUAUGUUGUCAUGGUGGAAUUUCACCUGAUAUGUCCAGUAUAUGUGAUUAUAAUUCUAUUAAUCGUUUUAUUGAACCACCAACUUCUGGACCUUUAUCUGAUAUUUUAUGGGCUGAUCCAUUAGAUGAACCACCAGAAGAAGAUUUAGAUUCAGAAUCAGCUCAACAAUGGUUGAAUAUAGAUUUUAUUGAAAAUACAAGUAGAAUGACUAGUUUUUUGUUUGGAGCAAAAAGUCUUAUUCCAUUUCUUGAGAAUAAUAACUUAACUUGUGUUGUUCGUGCACAUCAAGUUAUGGAAGAAGGAUAUAAACUUCAUUACUUCUUACAAGAUGUUGAUGUUCCUCCAUGUAUUACAGUAUUUUCUGCUCCUAAUUAUUGUGAUAUGUAUCAUAAUAAAGGUAGUUUUAUGAGACUUGAACCUGAUUCUAUUUGUUUUGAACAAUUUGAUGCAGUUGAUCAUCCAACAUAUCUUCCUAAUAUGCAAGAUGGUAUUUCAUUUUCAAUAGAAGCUUUAAUGGAUCAAUUAGUUGAAGUUGUAAGUGAAUUAAUUCUUAUAACAAAAUAUACAACUGAUGGACCAAAAGAGAAAGAAGAAGAUGCACUAUUAGAAUGUAAAAUUAAAGAAAUGAUGAAAAAGAAUUCUGAAAAAGAUUCAACAUAUAAACGUCUUGCUAAAAUAAGAAAAGAGUUUAUGGAAAAUAAAGAAAAGAACGACAGAUUAUUUAAAAGAGCAUUAGAAUUUGAUAAAUUCAAUGAAUCUAAACCAAUUUCAUCAGAAGAAAAAAACACAACACAAAAAACCUCUAUAAAAUCAGAGAGAAGAAAACGAGCUACUACUCUUGCUAAUUCUAAUAAUCCAAUGAAAAAAGAAAUUAUGCAAUUGUUCUAA